AUGGUUCGCGAGGUUAUCGUUAAUGGAUUGGCCGAUUCUGAAUCCAAGAUUCGUGUAGUUAGUGCUUAUGUUGUAUCCAAGAUUGCUCAUGAUGAUUUUCCAGAAGACUGGCCGAAUUUACUGGAUAUCUUGAUUGCUUACUUAAAGUCGAAUAGUGCUGAUAGUGUUCAUGGUGCUAUGCGUGUCUUACUUGAAAUGGUGAAACAAGAUAUUAGUGUCCAGCAAUUACCUCAAGUCGGCCCUGUUUUACUUCCUGAAUUGUAUAGAAUAUUAACUUCUGAUAAUAUCUAUUCAUUCCGUACUCGUGGUCGAGCUGUCAAUAUCUUUAGUAGUUGCGUUGAAAUGUUAUCUACUCUUCGGGAAGAAAAUCCUACUUUGGCGGAACAAUAUGUUGGUCCUCUUAUUCCUCAAUGGUUGGAAGCUUUCAACUCUAUUCUCAGUCAUCAUGUUCAAGACAAUGCAGAAAAAGCAACUGAAGAAUAUGGUCUCAAAAUGGAUGUAGUAAAGUGUAUCCGUGCUCUUAGUGAUGAAUAUCCCAAAUUUAUUAUCGAGGCUUUACCAAAACUGUUUGAACCAAUCUGGAAUGAUAUUUACAAUUUACGGGAUCGAUAUGUACAAGAAUUUGUUAGUGAUUCUGGUGAUGUUGCUGAAUCAUUCCAAGAUUCAGAUGGGAAUGAAAUUGGUUUCCAAAGUCUAUUAUAUACUCUGUUUGAUUUCGUGGUAGCUUCCAGCAACAAAAAAUCCGUUCGUCAUCUAUUCGUCACUCCUGAUGGUCAUACCGACUUUUUUGAACAACUUUUAUAUGUACUCAUCAUCUAUAUGCAAAUCACCCAAGAACAAGCUGAAAAUUGGUUAGCUGAUAUUAAUCAAUAUGUUGCCGAUGAAGAAGAACAUACCUUUUCGUUCAAUGCUAGAGUGGCUGCCAUUGAUGCUCUAUCGUCCUUGGAAGAAACCUAUCCUACUGCCUUCUUCAAUGCCUUGUCAAAAACUGCUCAACGACAUAUUACAGAAUCAAAUGAAUCUCGUGCUGCUGGAAAUAGUGAUUGGUGGAAGAUCCAGGAAGCUUCUCUUUUAGCUAUUGGUCGUGUAGCUGAAGAAUUGGUGGAAGCCCAGAAUGAUGAAUAUCGACAUGUGUUAUUUGAUUUGAAGGGUUUAUUUGAUAACGUUGUUUUGGAAGAUAUGAAAGCUACAGAUUUCCCAUUUUUACAAGGUCGUGCAUUUACUUUUGCAUCCGAAUUUGCUAAAGUAUUACCUGCGGAAAUGGCCUCCCAAUAUGUGGCUGUUGCUGUUAAUGCUCUUCAAGAUCCAACAAGUGGAGUUCCCGUCAAAAUCUCUGCCUUUCGUGCUCUGAACAAUUAUUCCAAAUAUUUAGAUGCUCAAUAUGUUACUCCUUAUCAAGCCACUAUCAUGGAACUUACCUGCCAACUAUUACCUUUGACCACUGAAGAAUCAUUAAUGUUGCUCUUAGAUACAUUAGGAUCAAGUGUGAAGAUCAACAAGGAAGUGACGGCUCAAUAUGAACAAACAUUAACUUCUGCUGUAUUGGAUGUUUGGAGAAGAUUCCCUUCGGAUACUAUCAUUACAAGUUACGUCCUAGAUGUAUUUGAAGAAUUUGCGAAAAACAGUCUUUAUUAUCCUGCUCUUUGUACUCGAUCACUUCCAUUCAUUGGUGAGGUCUUUACCACUGCCAACACUGAUCCAGUUAUUUUAGCAUCUGCCAUCGAUUUAUUGACAGCCCUGAUUCAUUUUGGUCCCUCACCUCUACCCAAUGAAUUCACUGAACAAAUGUAUCCCGCUUUGAUGCAGCUUGCUUGGCAAAUACCUGAUAAUGAAGUCUUGCAGAGUACUCAAGAAUGCCUGAAGCAGUUCCUCAUUAAGGAUAGUGAUCAUAUUAUUAGAUGGCGUGAUCAAUCUGGUAAAUCAGGUUUGGACUAUGUUAUUCAUUUUGUGGCCAAACUCUUGGAACCAACUGGAACUGAAUCCGAAGCUUUAUUUGUUGGUGACUUGAUUGUGACAAUGAUCCAAAAAACUGGAAGUAGCAUCGCCCCUGUUUUGCCUGAUCUCUUGAACGCUGUUCUAGUUCGAUUAGAAUCCACAAGUUAUCAGCCAUUCAUUCAGUCUCUUGUCCUUAUCUUUGCACAACUUAUCAACUCUCAACAAGAUUCUGUAUUUGAAUUCCUCUCUACAACAACCAUCAAUGGAAAGAGUGGAUUGGAUAUAUUGAUGACUCAUUGGGUAGAUAAUUAUGAAAGUUUCUCUGGUUAUUAUACUCUCAAAGUCAGUGCAAUCGCUUUAUCCAAGGUGUUCCUCAUCAAUGAUCCUCGUUUACAAAAUAUGAAAGUGAAGGGUGAAAUUGUUGUGAAUCCAAAUGCUGGAAUUGUGACCAGAUCAAAAUCUAAGAAAAAUCCUGAUCAAUACACUCUCAUACCUUUACCAAUGAAGAUUAUCAAGUUGCUUGUAGCUGAUUUGGGAAAUUCUUUGCCUACUGCUCAAGGUCCUCAAGAAGAUGCUGAAUCGAUUGGAGAUGAAGAUGGUGAUUGGGAAGAUGUUGGCGAUGAUAAUGGUUACUCUUCUCGCCUAGAUUACAACUUACUAUCAGAUAUGUUGGACAAUUUGGGUGAUGAUGAUGAUGAAGAAAAUAAUCCUGAUUUGAAGAAUGAUCCCAUAUAUCAAGCAGAUAUGAAGACAUACUUGAUUGACUUUUUCCGCAACUGCUCGGCUCACAAUACCAAUCACUUUUUGGAAAUAUGCCAACAACUCAACGAAGAUGAACGAUAUAUAUUACAAACCUCCGUUACUCCUGCUUGA